AUGGAGGCUGACCGAACUGCUGCAAUUUUAAAGGCAGCGGCUGCUCUCCGUGGAAAGUCUGGUAAUAAUAAUGGUAGCAGUAAUAGCAAUGGUGCCAGCAGCGGCUCAGCUCCACCCUCCAACCAAGCAACUCCAGGUGGUUCGAAUUCGAAUUCAGCACCUGCUCCUCCACUAGCUACUAGCACUGUGGCAAGAACCGGAAUUCAAAUUUCAGGUACCAAUAUUCCUAUUCUCAACAGCAGACAGACAGGAGCCAGUGCAACAUCUACUUCUUAUAGCAGUGGAAGUUCAACUGCUGCCAAUGGCUCUGGAUCAGGCCCUAGUAAACGUUCAUACGGUGCCUCGUCCGUUCCUGGUCCUUCUGGCCACUAUCGAGCUGCCAAUUCGGGCAUGUCAACCUAUUCAAGGGCGUCACCAACAACAUCAUCGUCGCUACCUACUAAUACUACAUCAGCUUCAUCAGCGACACCAGGUUCCACAUCAACUGCAAAAGCUAAUACUACCUCGAGUAUAAUUGUGAAUGCGAAGAAACAAAAGCAAAAUCCUGUGUUGAAACAUAUUCGAGGAGUGGGUUAUUAUAUGGAUGAUAUAGUCCCUGAUUUCAUUACAGGACACAACUCUUGCGCAUUGUUUCUUUCUAUUAAAUAUCAUAACAUUCACAAGGAAUACAUAUAUAAGAGGAUUCAGCAAUUAAAUAAAGCAUUCGAACAUCGAGUGCUGUUGGUUCUAGUGGAUGUUGACAACCCAGCAGCGGCAUUAUUAGAGUUGGACAUUAUAUCACUUCGAGCAGGUUUACAAAUGAUUAUCACCUGGAACAUGGAAGAGGCCGGUAAAUAUCUAGUUCUUUUAAAACAACUGGAAAAUGCUUCUGCCACAGGCAUUUCAGGCCAGAAAAAAGAGUCAUAUAAAGAGCAGCUUAUUGAGGUCAUGAAUCGAAUAUCGCGGUCGAGCAUUAACAAGACCGAUGCAGUCACUCUUGUAGCCAAUUUUGGCAGUCUGAAAAAUGCCAUUUUAGAUGGUGGUGAUAAUGUCGAGCUUAUUCAUGGAUGGGGUUCUACAAAAGCCAAAGUGUUUCGCGAUGCUAUCAACGAACCAUUCAUCAACCAUCGUCAGUACGAUAUGAAGCCUUAUAAGUCAGAGUCACAAGUCGAUAGUGAGCUGCCAUGA